AUGCCGAUUAGACCUCUCAUUGAAAGUGAUACUUCCUUUUUAUGCUACCUGAAUGAGGAAGUAGAAGCAGAAAUUGCAAAAGAAGCAGAAGUUGCAAAAGCUGGACAGGGCAAUGGCCUCCUCUCAUCUUUACAGCAUGCUUUUAUUCUUAUACUCCUGGGGGGCCUCAGGACUUUAGCCAUGAACAAAUACACCGCAGCUGUAUAUGAACAUGCAGUCAUACUGCCGGAAUUAACAUCGGACCCUGUUUCCCCUGAAGAGGCCUUAAAAUUGAUGAACCAAAACAUGGACAUCUUAGAAGAUGCCAUCCAAAAAGCAGCAAAGCAGGGAGCACACAUCAUUGUGACUCCAGAAGAUGCUAUACAUGGAUUUUUCUUCACCAGAGAGACCAUUUAUCCUUAUCUUGAGGACAUUCCAGACCCACAGGUCAACUGGAUUCCAUGUACAGAUCCUGAAAGCUUUCAGAGAGCUCCUGGUCCAAAAAGACUGAGCUGUCUGGCCAGGGACAAUUCGAUCUAUGUGGUUGCCAAUAUGGGUGAUAAGAAGACUUGCAAUCAUAUAGACCCAAAGUGCCCCUGUGAUGGCCGCUAUCAAUACAACACAAAUGUUGUCUUUGAUUGAGGGAAGCUGGUGGCACGAUACCACAAGUUUAACCUGUUUACGGUGGAGCAACAAUUUGAUUUCCCUAAAGAGCCUGAACUUGCAACCUUCGAUACUGCCUUUGGAAAAUUUGGCCUCUUCACGUGCUUUGAUAUUCUCUUCCACGAUCCUGCUGUAACCCUCGUAACCCAGCUCUCGGUGGACACCAUCAUUUUCCCGACAGCCUGGAUGAAUGUUCUCCCACACUUAACUGCUAUCGAAUUCCAUUCAGCUUGGGCCAUGGGCAUGCGUGCCAAUGUUCUAGCAGCUAAUACUCAUAAUCCUAGCCUUAAUAUGACAGGCAGUGGUAUCUACACACCAUCCGGAUCGGAAGCUUAUCAUUAUGAUGCAGAAUCAAUGAAUGGGCACCUUUUGGUUGCAGAAAUCUAUUCCCAUCCGUCUCAUUUUCCCACCCCUCUUCCUACUGUUAAUUGGAGCUCUUAUGCCACAACUGUUGAAGGGUUUCCUAAGCCCUUUACUUUCUCUGGAUUAAUUUUCCAUGAUAACUUCACCUUAUGUACCCUUGGAAAAGAAGCUGACAAUCUUACAGUGUGCCAGAACAAUCUCUGCUGCCACUUAAGCUACAGGAUGAUGGAACAACAAGAAGAUGAACUUUACGUGCUAGGGGCAUUCGAUGGUCUUCAUGAGGUUGAAGGACAAUAUUACUUACAGAUCUGCACAUUGCUGAAGUGCGGAAGUACGGACCUUCAGAGCUGUGGUCAGGCAACCAAGACUGCUGAAUCCUAUUUUGACUUCUAUUCUCUCAGUGGCACAUUUGGCACUAAUUACGUCUUCCCGGAGGUUUUACUCAGUGGGAUUUCUUUGGCCCCUGGAUGUUUCAGUGCUUCUGUUGUGCAUAACCACAAUAGUCAGGCAACUGGACUUUCAGGUUUUUCUUUGAAGACAUCUUUGAAAGCUUGUCCAAAAGCUUAUUCAGCUCUGACCCACCAUCCAGACAGAGUUUUGAAAGAUGGACAACUGGUCAGUCAGAACGAUCUCCCUCAGGCCGUUUUAACUGUGACACUUUUGGAAGAUGUGUGCCGUGUUGGUGAUAAGUAA